CAUUAGCAGGGUGGGUAAAGCAGGGCUAUAGGGGAACAUUAGCAGGGUGGGGAAAGCUCCCUGACAUUUUAUCACCCAGCAAGAGCCGUUAGGUCCUGUGAUGCUGGUCUUUUAUGUAGCCAUUGCAUUACCCAAAAAAAGCGGAGAAGGAAGCUUUUACCCACUAUGCCCUAAAACUGUGGACCACCCACAUUUACCAUUUUAUUUAGCUGUUUUUUAUGUAUUUUUAAUUUUAUUUUCACAUGCUACUUUUAUUAUUAUUUUGUUAUUUCCUAUCCUUGUUAUUAUUCUUUUUUUAUUCACUGCAUUAUGUGAAGCACUUUGAGCUCCAUCUCUGUAUGAAAGCUGGUAUAUAAAUAAAGCUUAUUAUUAUUAUUAUUAUUAUUAUUAUUAUUAUUAUUAUAGCACGGAGCUCAUCAUACCACUGACUACCAGCUGAAGGAGAUGCAUGGAAAGGUUUCCAGGAUACAUGCUGUUGCCAGGGAAACAUUGUCACCCUGUCCAUAUGUCACUUCCUUCACAUGCAUGUCUGUGUGUGCAUAGCCUCUAAAGACAGCAGGGAACGUGUCUCCAAUGCUACACACAUUAAUUAAAGUGAUAGGAUUGAAGAUUGAGAGACGAGCAUUAAUCAGUUAAGAAAUUAAAUGCUCUACUGGUCUGAUAAUAUAAAUUUUGAAAAAGCUGUUGCCAAAAAAAAGAAAAAGAAGAAAUACACUAUGACACUUAUGUUGGCCACUGGGCAAUCAUUCAAAUGAACAACACCUGAACAAAGGCCUACUCUGUAAGCUAGAAAGAGAGAGAACAGGCUGAGAAGGGUGGGGCCAUCAUAACACAAUACUGAUUUAUUUAUAAAAUGCAUAAGAGGAUUUAAUUUACUUUAAUGGUAGCGCAAAGCAUUUGACUGUGUUUUCCACACAGAGGGGCGCGGAGAACGCAGAGCUCUGGAAUUAAAUGUCCGUAGGAGCAGGCAGUUCAUUGCGAUCCAUGUUAUUUCAGUCCAAAGACAUUUACCUUUUCAUUUUAGUCAUUGAGCACAUGCUAUAAUCUUUAACGUAAGUUCCUGAAAAAGCAUCAAAUCCAUAAUAACAUGGAUAAUAUAAUAAUGGGCAGUCAUAAACAAAAAAUAGUCAUAGUAUGUGCAGAUAUUUUCCCCUAUUUUUUCAAGACACUGAAGAUAAGUAUUACAGAAAGUCUCUGUGUGAACAGAGCAAUAUGUUUUUUAAUAUAAUUUCUUGACCCAAGGGAAACAGCUUUUUAUAUAACACAAGCGCAGCAUUUCAGUGCGUCAUUGUACAUUUCCCUGUGUUUGUUGUAAGACGUUUGAUUGAGCUCGUAUCUGUUGUUAUUAUUCUGGCAGUAAAUGGGUGGGAAUGUAUCUGAGCCUGCACUCUGUCCUCUAGUGAAAUCUCUGCUCAAAAGAAUGGCCUCAAAGCAGAAAAAAAAGAAAGCCUUCAUUAUUAUAGAAAGGUCAUCAAGACAUCAUCAAGGACACCAUUAUAGCAAAGCGUUUAUCAUCAUCAUCAUCAUCAUCAUCAUCAUCAUUUUCCUCCACAUCAUUAUCAUCAUCAUCAUCAUCAUCAUCAUCAUGUUCUGGGCCAGCGCAGUCAUCAUCAUCAUCAUCAACAUCAUCAUCAUUAUCAUUAGGCUGGUAAUCAUCCAGGCAGGUUUCAGCAGCUCAAUAAAAGGCCAGGUUCUGGCUGGGUCCUCCUCAGUCUCUCUCCUCUGCAGCUGGGAGCAGUUUACUCCACUCUGCCUUCUCUCCUCCAUUCUCUCGUUCUCUCCCUCGGUUCCCCUCUACGGUCUUUGUCUCUUAUCCCUUCAUUUCCCCUCUUUCUCUGCCUGCUCUUAUCCAUACAUUACUCUUUCUCUCUCUCUACUCUCCCUUUCUUAUCCCUCCAUUUCCCUCUUUGUCUGCUCUUCAUUUCCCCCACUAUAGCACGAGAGACUUCACAAAAUAAGACGAUAAACAACAUUUUUACUUCAGUGGCAAUACAAUAUUUAGUCUCCAGCUCAUUGACACGGCCGACCUGAUUGGUCUGGAGGACUUCCCCCUGUGCUUCACACCCCUCAGCAUGGAGGCAGACCACACCCACGACCCCGAAAGUGACCCGGAGGAGGGGGGCGGAGCUUGCACGCACUGCGGCCAAUUGCUGAGCCUCGCCGGGCCGUACUGCCCCCGCUGCGGGGGCCGAGGGAAAGGGUGGGGGGGGCGCUCUGACCCCGUCCCCCCGGUCAAUGACGACGACGAUGAUGACGAUGAUGUUGAGGAGGAGGAGGAGGAGGAGGACUCCCUGCAGGAAGGUGCGGGCGGCCCUCCCAGAAUGCACUGCUGCACACUGUGCGGCUUCUCCUCCCGCUACUCCAACCACCUGAAGCGGCACAUGAAGACGCACAACGGCGAGAAGCCGUACCGCUGCCCGCUCUGCGCCUACGCCUCCGCGCAGCUGGUCAACCUGCAGCGCCACCUGCGCAUCCACACGGGCGAGAAGCCCUACGGCUGCGCCCACUGCGCCUUCGCCUGCAGCUCCCUGGGCAACCUGAAGAGGCACCAGCGCAUGCACUCGCAAGAGCCGCGCGCGCCGAUGCCAGAACAGCGUGGUAGCGUGCAGGAACCGCGCAUGCAGACGGCCGAACCGCGCAUGCAGACGGCCGAGCCGCGCAUGCAGACGGCCGAACCGCGCAUGCAGACGGCCGAACCGCGCAUGCAGACGGCCGAACCGCGCAUGCAGACGGCCGAACCGCGCAUGCAGAUGCCAGAACCGCGGGUGUCAAUGCCAGAACACCGCAGUAACGCGGCAGAACCACGCAGUAACGUGGCAGAACAGUGCCGUAACAUGCAGGAACAGGGCAGUAACGCGGCAGAGCCACGCACUAAUAGCAGUGUCCCGCGGAACAGGCACGCGAAGGGGCAGCCUGCAGCGGAAGGACCAGCGGAAUCCUCUCAGCGUUCUUAUCGCCACGGCGACCCCCCGAACCGAGGGACCGACCCGCCACGGGAUGCUGGGGGCGUGGCCGGGGGCGUGGCCGACGCCCUCCCCGAGCUGCAGUUCUCCUUCACCUGCCGUCUGUGCGGGGCGGUCCUGGAGGACGAGGACGGCACGUCCGCGCAGAUCUGCGGCGGCUGCACCCUGGAGCUGCUCUCCAAGCCGUCGCCCGGCGGCCUGGGGGAGAGGGGCGCGGGCGAGCGGGUCUUCACCUGCGCCCUCUGCCCCUUCUCCACCCAGUACCCCAACCACCUGGCGCGGCACAUGAAGACGCACAGCGGCGAGAAGCCCUACAAGUGCCCGCAGUGCGACUACGCCUCGGCCCACUUCGACAACCUGAAGCGGCACCACCGCGUGCACACGGGCGAGAAGCCCUACCAGUGCCACCUGUGCGACUACGCCUGCGGCAACCUGGCCAACCUGAAGAGGCACCAGCGCAUCCACUCGGGGGCCAAGCCCUUCCAGUGCGCCGUCUGCAGCUACAGCUGCAACCAGAGCAUGAACCUGAAGAGGCACAUGCUCCGGCACACGGGCGAGAAGCCGUACGGCUGCCAGGAGUGCCCCUACACCACCGGCCACUGGGACAACUACAAGCGGCACCAGAGGAAGCACGGGCACGGUGCCGACGCGCGCGGCUGGGUCAAGGUGCAGCUGCCCGGCGACCACGAACAGGAGGAGGAGGAGGACGAGGAGGAGGAGGAGGAGGAUGUGUAG